GUGUGGCUGAGCGCGAGCAGCGGGACUUGGAGGAGGAGAGCAGUGAGGGGCUGGUUUGUCUCUCUGUCCCGGGUUGUUGCAGCAGGCUCCUUGUGAGGAACGCUGCUUCAGACAGUAACCGCCUCGUACACACAGACAGGAAGAUGGACAUAGAGAAAGAAAUGAAGAAGGUGACCCUCGGCCACGAGUUUGGUGCUGGAGCGGCUUGCCUAAAAUGCAAGGACAAAUGCGAAGGCUUUGAACUGCACUUCUGGAGGAAAAUUUGUCGGAACUGUAAGUGCGGCCUUGCGGAACAUGAUGUGUCAAUGGAUUCAGAGGAAAACAAGAAGGUUGGCAAGCUGUUUGAAGACACCAAGUACACGGGCCUCAUAGCCAAACUAAAGACAGACGGCAUCCCUGGAUACCAGGGCAACAUGGUGACCAUCACUCUGUCCAGCCCUGGCACUGCUUACACAGUGCCCCCUAUUGCUUCCUCUACGAUUGUACCCCCUUCCACAACGGCGGGGUCCAAACAGCCUGCUGUGACCUCUGCAGGAUCAGCACCUAUACGCUCUCCAUCACAAGCUCAGGGCAAGCCUCAGGUUCAGGCCACACAUGUCACUGUAACUCCAGUCAAGGCAAAUAAGGUACCAGUUACUGCCAAUGCUACAGCAGCCAGCAUGGUUCCAGUCAACCAAGAGGUUCCACUGAAAUCAGUCACCUAUGAGUGGGCACCACCAGUGGCCAACAAGUAUCUGGCUGUGCGUUACAUCGAACUACUCCCACCUGAAAAGCGUCCGGUUGCUGGGACAGAGGGGGCCAUUUACCGUCGUCAGCAGAUGGAUCGUCAGCUGCCUGAGCACGACCAGGACCCCUCCAAGUGCCAUGAGCUGAGCCCUGCUGAAGUGAAGCAAAUGCAGCAGUACGUCCGUAAAUGCAAGGAUGAGGCCCUGGGAGUCGGAGAUGUUAUGCUGCCUGAGGAGAUGGCUCAGCUUCAGGCGGGUGGACAGGGUGCAGCUGCUGUUACGGCCGGAGCUACACCUGGACGGUCUGAGUCUGGUCCUGGAGCUGGUAUUGGAGGGGCUGGAAACAUACCAGGAGUUGACGUUGGUAGAGCUAAUUCUGGACCAGUUCUUGCAGGUUCUGGUUUUGGUGGAUUUGUACCUGCAGGAAGGGGAGCUGCAGGUGGAGCUGGACCAGCUUCAGGGUCUGGGGCUAAUCAGUCUGAGGGCUUCAGACCAGCAGGAGGAGCCAUGGGCACUGCUGCUGCUGCUGGAGCCAUCAACGUUGGACUUCCACAGAAGAACUUUUCGUGCCAUCACUGUAAGAAGCCUAUGCUGUUGGGGGAGCCGGCCGUCUAUGCUGAGCGGGCCGGCUACGACAAACUGUGGCACCCAGCAUGCUUUGUGUGCUCCACUUGCAGCGAACUACUGGUGGACAUGAUUUACUUCUGGAAGAAAGGCAAAAUGUUCUGUGGACGCCACUAUGGUGACAGUGAGAAGCCUCGAUGUGCCGGCUGUGAUGAGCUGAUCUUCAGUAAUGAGUACACUCAAGCUGAGGGACAGAACUGGCAUCUGAAGCAUUUCUGCUGUUUCGACUGUGACUGCAUUCUGGCUGGAGAGACGUAUGUGAUGGAGAAGGACAAGCCCAUCUGCAAACCCUGCUACAUGAAAAACUACGCUGUGAAAUGUGCUUCCUGCCAGAAAACUGUGGAGCCUGAGGCUCAGAGAGUUUCCUACGGUGAGCACCACUGGCACGCCGAGCCGGAGUGCUUCAAAUGCUCCGGUUGCACCAAGUGCCUGAUCGGCCAGCGCUUCAUGGCGGUGAAGAACUUCCUAGUUUGCUCCGUGGAGUGCAAGAAGAAAGUCAUAGCGUAGACAGUCAGCCACUCUAUCUUUGUCCCCGAGCACAGAGAACAACAAUGGACAUGAUGAGUUGUAGUUGUGUUAACAUUAUGGCUAAAAUUCCCCUCAAUAUAGAAAGCUACUGUAACAGUAGGUGUUUCCCUGAACUGCACUGUUUUGUCUUCGAUUUAGGGUGAAAGGUGGGCGUUCUGUUUCUUGCACUGAUUUCAUUUACAGUUGCCACUUUUUGUUAAAGCCCUGCCCACAUUAUGAUGUAUUAAACCCCUAAACCACACAUUGUUCGGUACAUGUGUCAACCGUUACAUUAUCAGGGCCAGCAAGUGGUUAGAGUUUAGACAAUAGCAGUUUGAGGAAUAUGAUGAUCUGGAUCUAAAUAUUGCUUAGCUGCCACUUCUGAUGUACCACUUCAUGGGAUUUAAAAUGCACAUGUCACAUGUGCAUUUUAUGUCACCUCUUGCACAUGUUAAUGUGGCUUCCAGAAACACUGCAGAGUUGAUUUAACACCUGUCUGCCACCAUCUGAUCCAUUCUCAUUGUAAAACUCCACAUUGUGCAGAUGUUUCAUUGUUUAUUCUUUGUGUCUCAGUUAGUUUAAAAAGUGAUUUUUAUUCUUGGACAAUAAAAAUGAUUGCAGAUUAUGUUUGCAUCCUAUACAUCCAACUGAAAGCAAACAGCCUUAUCCUGACUGUUUAAAGAUGUAGAUCUUCUUUCAUAACAUACUGAGACUCUAACAGAAUAAAACAUUCUAAUAACA